UUAGUCAGUUCGAAGUUGUGAACGAGAGAAGACGUUGUAAUGGCUACCGGUAGAAUCGUCGUGUACGGUGGUCGUGGGGCAUUGGGUGCUGCCUGCGUGAACCAUUUUAAAUCUAUUAAUUAUUGGGUCGCUAACAUUGAUUUGAAUCCCAACGAAAAAGCCGAUUUUAACAUUACUGUCCCCAAAGACGCUUCAUGGGUUGAACAGGAAGAUCAUGUCGUGAACGAGCUUGGAAACGCCCUACAAGGUCAGAAAGUGAAUGCUAUUAUAUGCGUUGCGGGUGGCUGGGCUGGCGGAAACGCCGCUAAGGACCUCAGCAAACAAGCGGACUUGAUGUGGCGUCAAUCAGUGUGGAGUUCCUCUAUUGCAGCAACAUUGGCAGCUAAGUACUUAAACACUGGUGGUUUGUUGGCUCUAACUGGUGCAAAAGCAGCCUUAGAAGCCACCCCAGGAAUGAUCGGCUACGGAAUGGCAAAGGCCGCUGUACAUCAACUCACAAAAUCUCUGGGUGCUAAGGACUCUGGUCUGCCAGAGAAUUCAUUAGCUGUAGCUAUAAUGCCUGUUACAUUGGAUACAGAAAUGAACAGAAAAUGGAUGCCAAAAGCGGACUUCAGUACAUGGACUCCGCUGACCUUUGUGGCUGAGUUAUUUGCAAAGUGGAUGAAGGAUGAAGGCCGUCCAGCGAAUGGCAGCUUAGUUGCCCUUGUCACCAAAAAUAAUGUUACUGACUUAAUUAUUGAGUAAAUUUUUACCAAUAUUUAAAAAUCUCAAAAUGAUAUAACAUUUACUUAGUUAAUUGUAUUACAAAAUUCAAUACAAUGGUUGUAUUAACUUUAUUUUAUAUUAAGUUAAACAGAUAUUAGAAUACAAAAUGUUUUAUACAUAUUUUUAAGUUGUAUUUGAAUGUUGUUUUUGUGUAACUAUUUUCUGUUGAGCGUUGAAUUUAUUGUAGAGAUGUAUUAUAUUGAAAGUAUAGGCAAGUUUAAGCAUAAUUUAAUAUACAUAAUAUAUACAAUCAAAACAAUAUUAUUAAAAUUUACAUCAUGUGUGUUAGACAAUAAAUUGAAUAACCAAAAUGUUUCAUUUUCAUUUUAUGGCUAAAAUAUAAUCAUUCCUUGUAUGUUAAUAAAAUUGUAUGCAUGAAAUGUGGUUUAUUUAUCU